CACCACAGCUCCUCUGGUUUGAGACCGGGAGGGUGCCUGUCUCUUUCUUUCUCAACCAUUUCCCCUCUUCAUUCACGACCUCUCUCUGUCUCUCUCUCUGCAUCUCUUAUCAGUGGCCUUAUUACUGCUUUGCUCAGCUACCUUCCUUCGGGGGGUGCUGGAAAAGCCAGCGAAGGGAAUUUACCAGGAGGAUAAUGCCCAGUAGUCUAGUUCUCAGUCGUUUUACAUAACUGAUAUCAUUUUUCCUCAAAAACGAAUCCAGUGGAGUACAGCUACUUCAGCUCAGGGUGCCCUCUUAGUUUCUUCUGAAGAUGAGGAGUCAUCAUUUGCUACCGCUACGUGCUCUUUUGGUUGUCCUGCUUGCAGGACUUCUUCCUAAACUCGAUGCCCAGGAAGAUGAAGAUUGUGCACAAGGUUUGGCAGCUGAUAUGUACUUUCUAGUGGAUUCAUCAUGGAGUAUGGGUCAAGAGAACUUUGAGCAUGUCAGACACUUUCUGUACACCUUGAUACAAUCUCUGCACCAGGUCGGAGGAGAAAGGUUUAAAUUUGCCCUUGUACAGUACAAUAGCAGGCCUCACACUGAGUUCCAGCUCAACAGCUACAAAACUGCACAGGGAGUCCUGGCACACAUCAAGGCUAUGUCUUACCGUGGUGGGGGCACGCGGACUGGCUUGGGUUUGGAUUUUCUGAUACAUACACAUUUGACUGCUGCUUCGGGCAGCCGUGCUGCUGACGGAGUCGCCCAGGUGGUGGUGGUGCUAACAGACGGCCGCUCGCAGGAUGAUGUUGCCGAGCCAGCUCAAGUGCUGCGGAUGGCAGGCGUGGAGAUGUUUGCAGUUGGAGUUCAGGAUGCAGUGGACUGGGAGCUCAGGGAGAUGGCUAGCCAACCUCAAAGCACUCACGUUUUCAGUGUAGACACUUUCCCAGCCUUACAGAGUAUAAUUCAAGAUUUAGUUGUGGGACUUUGUGAUGCAGUGACCCAGUCAGGGGGGUUUCCUGUGGCAAAUGAGGCCCCUGUGGCUGGAGGAGGGACAGCACAAGACACAGCUGACCUAGUACUGUUAAUUGAUGGAUCACAGAACAUUGGAGCAGCAAACUUCCCCUAUGUGCGUGAAUUGGUUUUGAGAAUCAUUGAGCGCCUUGAUGUGGGCAGGGACACUGUUCGGGUGGCCUUGAUCCUGUACAACAGCAGCCCAGUGAUAAAGUUCUAUCUAAAUAGCUUUUACAGCAAAUCAUCACUCCUGGAUGCUGUGAAAGCCCUCACCUACACAGGGGGCGAUGAAUCUAACCUGGGGGCUGCCUUGGAGGAAGUGGCCGAGAGCCUUUUAAGUGAAACAUCUGGGGGCAGGGCUGACGAGGGUGUGCCCCAGAUGUUGGUGGUUAUCACUGCUGGGCCAUCCACUGAUGAUACUGGUGCUGGUGACCGAGCUCUUAAGAGGGCCAGUGUUAUCACAUUCGGCGUGGCGAUUGGUGACACUGCCACUGCAGAUCUGGAAACAAUUGCUACAGAUAUAAGUUUUGUCCAGUCAGCCUCUGAUGUCAGAGAAGUUGCAAACAUUGGUGACCAACUGCUUCCACUCAUUAACGGGGUGAUCCAGCGCACUAUUUUAGUUCAGAAUGAGUUCACAGAAGUUAUUCAGUCAAAAACAGUUGGAAAUCGAGACAUCAUUUUCCUUAUUGAUGGUACAAUGGGACCAGCAAACAUUAACAAUGUGCGGAAUUUCAUCAGAGAGUUUGUGGAAAGCAUGCCAAUUGGUCCAGAUCAAGUUCAAGUGGGUAUUGCACAGUUUUCUGCUUCCCCGAGAGUUGAGAUGGAUCUCAACACCCAUGGGACCAAGGAGAAAAUCAUUUCUGCUUUGAGUACUAUCAAACCAAGAUCAGCACAGGUAGUCAACAUCGGAGCAGCCUUGAACUUUGUCCGGGAAAGAAUGUUGCAGCCAGAGAAGGGCAGCCGUAUUCAGCAGGGUGUACCCCAGCUUGUAAUGUUGUUAAGCAGCAAAAGAUCCAGUGACAGCGUGGAAGAACCUGCAAGUGCCCUGAGGGAACUAGGUGUGUUGACCUUGGCUGCAGGCGCAAAGGCAGCUGAUGAGCAGCAGCUGAAGCAGAUUGCCAUUAGUGACGAUGCUGUGUUCUACGACAAGGAUAUACGACCACUGAUUAGAACCAAGAAAGAGAAAAUGAUAAGUGCUCUUUCUACUUUAGCUGGAGGAGUACCCACCACAACAGUGACGGAGGAAACCAUAGUGGAGACCACAAAAAUGGUCAGAGACAUUGUCUUUCUUGUGGAUGGCUCAAACUAUGUUGGAAGCAGUAAUUUGCCCUAUGUGAGAGACUUUAUGAUCAAUACGAUCAACCAACUUGAUGUAGGUCCUGACAGGGUCCAGGUUGGUCUCCUGCAGUUUGCUGACCGUCCAAAAAUAGAAUUUUACCUGAACAACUACAGGACCAGGGAAGAGGUUGUAGAAAAAAUCUCUCAACUCAGGCUGACCGGAGGCUCAGCUGUGAAUACAGGAGCUGCCAUGAAUUAUGCCCUGGACAACAUGUUUCACUCAUCAAGGGGGUCACGCAGAAGGCAAGGAGUCCAGCAGGUGUUGGUUCUGAUCACAGGUGGUCCACCCCAAGAUCAGGUUAGAUCUGUGGCUGACAGGUUGGCUCUGGCUGGUGUUUUGACUUUCACCGUCAGUUCUGGACAAGCAGAUGAGGCCCAACUCCAGAGUGUUGCCUUUGUUCCAACUUUGGCUUUCCAUGCAAGAAGCUUCUCUGGUUUACCAGGCCUUGCUGAACAAAUCAUGCCAGAGUUGGUAACAGUGGUUGGCGAUACCGACGUGGCAGUAUUCCAAGAGGAAACUGUUGUUGGAGCUGAAAGAGAUGUUGCUUUCCUCAUUGAUGGCACAGAUCGAGUUCAAGCAGAUUUUGCCUACAUAAAGGAUUUUAUCAUUAAAGUAAUCGAACCACUUGACAUUGGAGAUGACAAGGUACGAGUUUCAGUGGUUCAACACAGUGAAAGGCCAACUCUAAGUUUUUACCUUAACACUUAUAAAACCAAAGAUGAAGUGAUAAGAGCUGUCCAAGGACUCAGAGUGACUGGUGGACGUAGUUUAAACACAGGAUCCGCUCUGAGAUUCAUGAAAGACACCAUCCUGUCUGGCAGUUAUGGUGGUCGUGCUGCACAAAAUGUCCCUCAGUUUCUGAUUGUUUUGACUGGAGGCCAAUCUACGGAUAAUGUAAGGGAACCCGCUGGAGCACUGAAGACAGAUGGAGUUGUACCGUUUGGUGUUGGUGUCAAGGACGCAGACCCAAAGCAGAUUGAGGCCAUCUCGCACAACCCUUCUUUUGCCUUCAACGUUAAGGAAUUCAGUGAGCUCAGCACCAUACCGCAAAGACUGAAUAAUUAUGUGAGCCUACCAAGGGAAGAGUUAGAGGUCGUCCUACAGCAAGUUGACACACGGAGGGACAUAGUGUUUCUCCUUGAUGGGUCAGAUGACUCCAGAAAUGGUCUACCAGCUAUUCGAGAGUUCGUCAGAAGAAUGGUUGAAGAGUUGGACGUUGGCGAAGAUAAGGUUCGAGUGGGCGUUAUACUGUAUAGUGAUGAUGCCUCAAUUUACUUCAACCUAAUAACUCACAGAUCCAAAAAAGCUAUUAUCUAUGCUGUAAGAAGUCUUCGACAUAAAGGAGGGAAAUCUCGCAAUACUGGAGCUGCUUUACAGUUUGUGCAAGACCAUGUUUUCACAACUUCAUCUGGGAGUAGACACCUGGAGGGAGUUCCUCAGAUUCUUUUUUUGCUCACUGGGGGAAAAUCCAAAGAUGAUGUUUCCAGAGCUGCAUUUGGACUAAAGCAAAUCGGUGUUAUCUCUUUUGCAAUUGGAAUGAAAAAUGCUGGACAAGAGGAACUUCAAAAAAUUGCCUUCUCCUCCAGAUAUGUUUUCAACUUGCCUUUCUUUGCUGAAAUUUUGUCCAUUCAGCCAGAUUUAGUAGCAUUUGUCCAGACAGAAAUAUCAGCUAAGCCUGCUACUGUUGUAGAAUCUCCUCAAAGAGACAUAGUAUUCCUUUUGGAUGGAUCGGAUAAUACACAAAGUGACUUCCCAGCAAUAAGGAGUUUUGUGGAACAAAUGGUAGAAACACUCACAGUUGAUGAGAACAGAGAUCGUAUUUCUGUGGUUCAGUAUAGCGGAGAUCCACAGACACAUUUCAAUUUGAACACCUACAUGGCAAAACAAGAUGUUCUCGGUGCAAUCCAACGUUUGAACCACAAAGGAGGCAUAUCCCUCAACACUGGGGUAGCUCUUGACUAUGUAAGAAAAAAUGCUUUUGCCGAGUCCUCAGGUAGUCGGCAUCAACAAGGUGUCCCUCAGAUAUUGAUUCUGCUGAGCGAUGGAAGAUCUCAAGAUGAUGUUGCAAGUGCUGCUGCUGCUCUAAAACAGGAAAAAAUUGUUCCAGUCUGUGUAGGUACCAGUAAUGCAAACAUACUUGAGCUCCAAAUGAUUGCACAUGACCCUUCCUAUGCCUUCUCCAUAACUCAAUUUGAUGAUAUUGAGAGAAUGAAUGAUCAACUUGUGUCACUUCUAAAAAGGAUUCCUCGGCAGCAGCCAAGACAAAAAUCACAAAGUCCUUUAGCUUCCUCUGGAAGUAGGCACCAGCAAGGUGUCCCCCAGAUUUUGAUUCUUUUAAUUGGUGGACGUUCCAGUGAUGAUGUCAGAAAUGCUGCUGAAAACUUGAAUGAAAUGGGUGUAACAACUUUUGUGGUUGGAAUAGAUCAUGCAGACACCCUUGAGAUUCAGUCUAUUGCACAAAAAUCAGACCGUGCUUUCCAUGCAGCAGAUAUCAAUAAUCUAUCAGAUAUUGAACAACUAAUCAUUUCUACCAUGAAGGAGAUUAAAAACCCUGCCAUCAAACCACCAUCGCACGAUCCCAACGGAAGAGACAUUGUUUUUUUGCUUGAUGGUUCUGAUGAUUCUCAGCAAAAAUUCCCAGAUAUUAUUGACUUUGUAAAGAGGAUAACAAAGCAUCUAAACGUUGAUAUAAACAAAGAUCGCAUGGCUGUGGUCCAGUACAGUGACACUGCAGAGAUUAAUUUUAACUUGAGUCGUUAUUCAACAAAGAAUGAUAUUCUUAAAGCAAUAAAUGGUCUGAGACACAAAGGGGGUUAUCCUCACAACAUUGGAGCUGCUCUCCAGUACUUGAAGGAACAUGUAUAUACCCCUAUGUCUGGUAGUAGACAUCAGGAGGGAAUUCCACAGAUACUCAUACUACUGAUUGGUGGACGAUCUGCAGAUGACAUAAGAACCCCAGCCAGAAUGAUGAAGCAAAUUGGUGCCAUUUCAGUUGUAAUUGGGACAUCUGAUGCUGACACUCUAGAGCUACAGACAAUAGCUCAUGAACCCAAGUAUGCGCUCCCAGUUGCUGAAUAUGGACAACUUCCUAGUGUUCAGGAAGAUGUGUUGACAUUGAUAAGAGAGGCUUUGCACCAUGUAGAACAAAUUGCUCCCACAGCAGGUCUCGAUUCUAAGAAAAAUGAUGUAGUGUUUCUCAUUGAUGGAUCAUAUGACUCACUGAAUGGUUUUGAAGAAAUACGAAGCUUUAUUGAAAAAACUGUGGAAAGUUUAAAUUUGGGCAAUGAUAGAGACCAAGUGGCUGUUGUUCAGUACAGUCGUGAUGCCACUGUUAAUUUUUACUUGAAUUCUUAUUCUUCCAAGAAUGAUGUGCUCAAUUCCAUAAGAACAAUGAGACAUAAAUUUGGAAGACCACUGAACAUUGGAAAAGCACUGGAGUUUGUCAGAGACAACGUCUUUUCUGCUUCAGUUGGAGGCAGACGUGCAGACUUGGUCCCUCAGUAUCU